UGUGGAAAUAAAGUAAUAAUAAAUUUCUGGGCAUAACAUCCCAAGGUUUUGUCGGACAUACAAAGUAAAUUACUUAGAAAAAGCUGUUCUUGGUUAUUUUGGAGCUUUUUUUUUUUUUGUUUCAAAAACCUUAUGCCCUGGGUUCUUUGAAUGCUUGCUUUCCGCUUACUUAAAAGUACCCAACCCUUUUUUUUUUUUUUGUUCAUCAAAUCUAGGGUUAGGCUUCUCCCUAUUUCCAUAUUUCACUUCACCUGCAAAACCCUUUCCGUUUCUGUUUUUAGGCCUUUUUCUUUUUCAAGUAAACCAUGAAGCGAUCAAAAUUUGAGUCAUUAGUGUCUCCGAGUCGGCUCAGGCUGCUUCAGUUCUUGAUCGGGGUUUUGUUUCUCUACCUUUUGUUUGUCAGCUUUGAAAUCCCGCUGGUUUUUAAAGCCGAUUCCGAUGGGUUCUUUACUGACACAUUGCCCAGGCCUUUGAUUCUCGAGAGCGAAGAGGACUUUAGUUAUAAAACUGCGCCGGCUCGCCCGGACAACGACCCGGACCGUGUCCAUAAUCCUGGAAGCCGAUCACCGGAGGGGAACGUGCGGGAGUUCAAGGGAGUGUCGGGUCUCCUGUUCAAUGACAGCUCUUUUGACAACAUCGGUUCUAAAGACGAGUUGUCGGUGCUACACAAAACCGCACGACACGCCUUCGUUGUCGGCAAGAAACUCUGGGACGACCUGCAAUCGGGUGUACAGAAAUCUGAUUCAGAACCUGAACCACAAAGCCAAAGCCAAAACAAAAACCAAACCGAAUCAUGCCCGGAUUCAAUUUCCUUAUCCGGGCCGGAGUUCGUGAACCAGGGGCGGAUCUUGGUCCUUCCUUGCGGGUUAACAUUAGGAUCCCAUAUUACGGUGGUAGGGAUGCCGCAUUGGGCGCAUGCAGAAAAUGACCCGAAAAUUGCGGUCUUGAGAGAAGGGGAUGAGUCUGUGAUGGUCACGCAGUUCAUGAUGGAACUGCAAGGGUUGAAGACGGUGGACGGCGAGGAUCCGCCACGGAUUCUUCAUUUCAAUCCGAGGUUGAAAGGGGAUUGGAGCGGGAAGCCCGUGAUCGAACAGAAUACUUGUUAUAGGAUGCAGUGGGGAUCGGCGCUGAGGUGUGAAGGCUGGAAGUCUAGAGCUGAUGAAGAAACAGUUGAUGGUGAAGUUAAAUGUGAGAAAUGGAUCCGAGAUGAUGACAAUGGCUCGGAAGAAUCGAAGACUACAUGGUGGUUGAACAGAUUGAUAGGGAGGAAGAAGAAGGUGACACUAGAUUGGCAGUACCCUUUUGCGGAGGGGAAGUUGUUUGUUCUAACAUUAAGGGCUGGAUUGGAGGGUUACCAUGUCAAUGUCGAUGGCCGACACAUCACCUCAUUUCCAUAUCGAACCGGAUUUGUGCUCGAGGAUGCUACUGGGUUAUCUCUAAAGGGUGACCUUGAUGUGCACUCUGUAUUUGCUGCUUCCUUGCCAAAUUCACACCCGAGCUUUGAUCCACAAAAGCAUCUUGAGAGAUUGAGCAAAUGGAAGGCGCCACCGCUUCCCAACGGAAAUGUAGAGCUUUUUAUAGGCAUCCUUUCUGCUGGCAAUCAUUUUGCUGAGAGGAUGGCUGUGAGGAAGUCCUGGAUGCAGCAUAAGUUAAUCAAGUCUUCCAAUGUUGUUGCUCGCUUUUUUGUAGCACUGAGUGGAAGAAAGGAAGUAAAUGUCGAGCUGAAAAAGGAAGCCGAUUAUUUUGGUGAUAUUGUUAUAGUUCCCUACAUGGAUAACUACGACCUAGUUGUUCUGAAGACAGUUGCCAUAUCUGAAUAUGGGGUCCGCACAAUGGCAGCGAAAUAUAUUAUGAAGUGUGAUGAUGAUACAUUUGUCCGGGUGGACUCUGUGAUUGAGGAAGCAAAGAAGUAUGGAGAUAAAAGCAUGUAUAUUGGAAAUAUGAAUUAUUACCACAAACCCCUCCGUGAUGGUAAAUGGGCAGUAACAUAUGAGGAAUGGCCAGAAGAAGACUAUCCACCCUACGCGAACGGUCCAGGGUACAUAAUUUCAUCCGACAUUGCACAGUUUAUUGUAGCCGAGUUCGAGAAACAGAAGUUGCGGCUAUUCAAGAUGGAAGAUGUGAGCAUGGGAAUGUGGGUGGAAAAAUUCAACAGCUCGAAACCGGUGGAGUACGAGCACAGCUUGAAAUUUUGCCAGUUCGGAUGCGUGGAGGAUUACUACACUGCCCAUUACCAAUCUCCAAGACAAAUGUUAUGCAUGUGGGAUAAAUUAAUAAAUGUAGGAAAGCCCCAAUGCUGCAACAUGAGAUGACAGUUUUUUCAGUUGGAAUUGGAGAAUAGAACAACACAGAAACAAAUUUUGGUAAACCUGUAUAUAAUAACUAUAUAUGGUGUUUAAAAAUACAGAUAAAGUGGGUAGUUAAUUCCUUUAUUA